GCUCAAUCGCCAGAAGAAAAAAAAAACACGACCAUUCCUGUCGGUGCCCAUAGCUCAAUAGCUCCGAGGAGAGAGAGAGAGAGAGCUUACAAGAAGAAUUUUUGCAGAGAAAGAAGCUUGGGUCUGGUUUAGAGAGAGAGAGAGAUUGGCGUGGUGAGGGAGUCAAGCCCCGAGAGAGAGAGCAAGGAUGGAGCUUGGAGUAGGGGCGAAUGGAAAUCGAGUAUUACUGCGAAGUGGGUAGUGGCUUGUAGUGAUUUUUGGUUUUGGGAUUCAUAAUGUUGGUCCAGGAUCGUGCAGCCCCGAAAUCCCCAAAAUCUCACGGCCGAGCUCCGCCGUCUUUUCACCCAGGUCGCUUACCCCACCCCAAAAACCUCGAUUUUUCCACAUGGGUCUCCGACAAUCUCUACAAAAUCCUCAUCAUUUGCCUCCUAAUCCUCACCGUCGCCGCCCUCUUCUUCCUCCGCAACGUCGGCGACACGGCCGCUUUCCUCUGCUUCGAAACCCAGUCCAAAGAACUCGAAAAGAUCGAUUUCCCUCAAGUUAGUUGGGAUUCAGUCCCGUCCAUCGUCGACAAAUCGUCGCCGUUCGCGAAUUUCCGGUCGGAGCGAUGGAUUGUCGUCUCGGUUUCGAGUUAUGCGACGGAUUCGAUUCGCAAUCUCGUGAAGAUUAAGGGCUGGCAAGUCCUCGCUAUCGGAAAUUCGAAGACUCCUCCGGAUUGGAAUCUCAAAGGUGCGAUCUUUCUGUCGUUAGAACAACAAGCGAAUUUAGGAUUUCGAGUUGUGAAUUACCUUCCCUAUGAUUCGUAUGUUAGAAAAACUGUUGGGUACCUUUUUGCGAUCCAGCACGGCGCGAAGAAGAUCUUCGAUGCAGAUGAUCGUGGGGAUGUGAUUGAUAAUGAUCUUGGAAAACAUUUUGAUGUGGAAUUGAUUGGAGAGGAGGCAAGGCGAGAGGUCAUAUUGCAGUAUAGUCAUGAAAACCCUAACAGGACAGUCGUGAAUCCUUACAUUCAUUUUGGGCAGCGGUCAGUUUGGCCGAGGGGUUUGCCAUUGGAAAAUGUGGGUGAAGUUGGGCACGAAGAGUUUUACACUGAAGUGUUCGGUGGAAAGCAAUUCAUACAGCAGGGGAUCUCAAAUGGACUGCCCGAUGUAGAUUCUGUGUUCUAUUUCACACGGAAAUCAGGUUUGGAGGCUUUCGAUAUUAGGUUUGAUGAGCGUGCUCCAAAAGUUGCAUUGCCGCAAGGUAUGAUGGUGCCCCUCAAUUCUUUCAAUACCAUUUUUCAUUCUUCGGCAUUUUGGGCUUUGAUGCUCCCUGUUUCAAUUAGCACAAUGGCUUCUGAUGUUUUAAGGGGUUACUGGGCACAGAGGCUUUUAUGGGAAAUUGAUGGAUAUGUUGUAGUUUAUCCUCCAACUGUUCAUCGGUAUGAUAGAAUCGAGUCGUACCCGUUUUCUGAAGAGAAAGAUCUUCACGUGAAUGUAGGUCGUUUGAUUAAGUUCUUGGUUUUGUGGAGAUCAAAUAAGCAUAGAUUAUUCGCAAAGAUUUUGGAAUUAAGUUAUGCUAUGGCAGAGGAGGGGUUCUGGACUGAGAAAGAUGUGAAGUUUACUGCUGCUUGGCUUCAGGACUUGCUUGCAGUUGGGUAUCAGCAGCCAAGACUAAUGUCAUUAGAGUUACAUAGGCCUCGGGCUAAUAUUGGUCAUGGGGAUCGGAAGGAGUUUAUCCCACAAAAAUUACCGUCUGUACAUCUUGGAGUUGAGGAAGUAGGGACAGUGAAUUAUGAGAUUGGGAAUUUGAUUCGGUGGAGGAAGAAUUUUGGGAAUGUUGUCCUCAUUAUGUUUUGCAGUGGGCCUGUGGAACGUACAGCUCUGGAGUGGAGACUGCUUUAUGGCCGGAUAUUCAAAACUGUGGUAAUUUUGUCAAAGCAAAGAAAUGCAGAUCUGGCUGUAGAGGAAUGCCAAUUGGACCACGUAUACAAGUAUCUUCCCAAGAUUUUUAAUCAAUAUUCCAGUGCAGAAGGAUUUUUAUUCCUCCAGGACAAUACCAUUCUUAAUUACUGGAAUCUGCUGGAGGCAGACAAGAAUAAGCUAUGGACAACAGACAAGGUGUCCAAGUCUUGGACUGUUAUCUCUACCAAUGGUAGCUCAGAUUGGUUUUCAAAACAAGCAGACCUGGUAAAGAAAGUUGUUGGCAUGAUGCCAGUUCAUUUUCAAGUCACAUACAAGGAAACCAUGAUGAGGGAUCAGAGCCUUGCAAUAUGCAGUACUGAGGUAUUCUACAUUCCACGACGUUUUGUUGCUGACUUCAUUGAUCUUGUUAGUCUAGUGGGCGAUCUAGAUAUCCAUCACAAGGUUGCAAUACCCAUGUUUUUUAUAUCCAUGGAUUCGCCCCACAACUUCGACAUGGUGCUUAAUUCAAUGAUUUAUGAGCAAAGCCGGCCACAGAAUUCUUCAACUUUUUAUUCUGCUCGAGUACCUGCUGUGCACCCAUGGGAUGUGACAAAUGAGCCAGAUUUCAUCAAGCUGAUCAGAAUAAUGGCCACUGGUGAUCCUCUCCUAAUGGAGCUAGUUUGAAGAUGAGAACAGUUUUUGAUACUAAAAAAUAUGCAGAUAAAGAAACUUGUAUGAUUUAACAAAUUCUGUUUUCUUUUUUCAAUUUUUUGAACAUUUUUUCUGCUUUUUAGGGAGGUUCUUUUUCUCUGUUGUAGAUUAAUCUUGUAUAAUUCAUUUACUGGUUGGAGUUUCUCUCCAAAAAUGAAAAAAAGGGGGGGAAAAAAAAUCCUUCAUCUGCCCUACUUGGUACA